AUGUCAUAUAUAUGUCAUCUGAAGUUCACCACCUCCCAGUGCAUUGGUACCCCCUAUGACGGUUUUGGCUGGGGUGCAGCUAAUGGCCUAGCUUGGGAAGCCAACAGUGCUCAAUAUAGCACUGCUCCCUACGCUGCUGGUAACUGGGCUCCAUCACCAUGUUCUGCUGCCCCCUAUGGAACAGAAUGGACUGCUAGCUUUGCUCCAAUGGCAUCAAAUGGCGGCGGCUUUGUUGUAAACAGUGGUUCCCCCAUUUCUGUGACCGGAGUUGCUUUAACAUCAGAAAAUGCAUAUGAAGGCGCCCUUGCUGUAUCUGGUGCUCUGCCAUUCUUAGGUGCUGUAGCAUUGGAAGGUCCUCUCCCUACUGCUGGUAUGGGCGGUGUUACAUAUGGUUGUGGAAAUGGAAAUGUAGCUAUAUUGAAUGAAGAUUUCAAUCAUGCUGGUUACAAUGGCUUUGGUUCACCAUACGGACCCUAUGGAGCUGAAAUCGGUUAUGGGUACUCUCCUGUGGGUUAUGAAACCUAUCCUGGUCACGCUCAUAUAUGCAGCUGUGGUUAUUAA